AGGAGGUGGAUGUUAAGAACGAGGAACAGAGGAGGCGAGCCAUAGAGGGAGUGGUAGACAUCACAAAGCUCUGCCUGAUGGAGAUGAACCAGGAGGAAUUGGCCUACACACUGGGGAGUGGAGCUGUUGCUGUACAGUGCCAACAUAAACUCAAGUCUCAUCUGAGGAAGAAGUUCCAGUGUGUGUUUGAGGGAAUCACUAAAGCAGGACAGCGAACACGUCUGAAUGACUUCUACACAGAGCUCUUUAUCACAGAGAGAGGCAGUGGAGAGGUCAACCAGGAACAUGAGGUCAGACUGAUUGAAAAAGCCUCCAGGAAGCCAGCCAAUGAGGAAGCACCAAUCAGAUGUGAAGACAUCUUUAAACCUUUACCUGGACAAGAUAAACCAAUCAGAACAAUAAUGACAACCGGAGUGGCCGGCAUUGGUAAAACCGUCUUAACACACAAGUUCACUCUGGACUGGGCUGAAGGUAAAGCCAAUCACGAAAUAGACUUCACAUUUCUCCUUACUUUCAGAGAGCUGAAUUUACUGAAAGGGAAAGAAUUUAGCUUGGUGGAACUUCUUCAUCGGUUUUCUGUUGAAACCAAUGAAGCAGGAAUCUACAGAUACGACCAUGACCAAGUAGUCUUCAUCUUGGAUGGUCUUGAUGAGUGUCGACUUCAUCUGGACUUCCAGAACAACCCGAUUUGGACUGAUAUCACAGAGCCAACCUCAGUGGACGUGCUGCUGACAAACAUCAUCAGGGGGGUCCUGCUUCCCUCCGCUCGCAUCUGGAUAACCACACGCCCUGCAGCAGCCAAUCAGAUUCCUGCUGAGUGUAUUGACUUGGUGACAGAGGUGAGAGGGUUCACUGACCCACAGAAGGAGGAUUACUUCAGGAAGAGAUUCAGAGAGGGGACACUGACCAGCACAAUCAUCUCUCACGUCAAGAAAUCUCGAAGCCUCCACAUCAUGUGUCACAUCCCAGUCUUCUGUUGGAUCACUGCUACAGUUCUGGAGGACUUCUUCAAAACAUCCCAGAGAGGAGAAGAGGUGCCCAAGACCAUGACUCAGAUGUACUGCCACUUCCUGAGGGUUCAGUCCAUACAGGGGGACAUGAAAUAUCAUCAGAGAGUUGAAACUGAUCCACACUGGAGUUCGGCGAGCAGGGAGAUCAUUGUUUCUCUAGGGAAACUGGCUUUUAACCAGCUGGAGAAAGGCAAGCUGAUCUUCUACGAGGCAGACUUGGCAGAGUGUGGCAUCGAUAUCAGAGCAGCCUCAGUGUACUCAGGAGUGUUCACCCAGAUCUUUAAAGAAGAGUGUGGGCUGUACCAGGACAGGAUGUUCUGCUUUGUCCAUCUGAGCAUCCAGGAGUUUCUGGCUGCCCUUUAUGUACUUCAGUCUUACAUCAACACUGGUGUCAUUCUGAUCUCAAAAGAACAGCCAACCUCAAAGGAAGAUGAACUCCUCCUCCUCUACCAGAGUGCUGUGGACAUGGCCUUACAGAGUGAGAACGGACACCUGGACUUGUUCCUCCGCUUCCUCCUCGGCCUCUCUCUAGAUACCAAUCAGAUUCUGCUACAAGAUCUGCUGGGACCAAGAGAAAGAAAAAGGCCAAGGAGCAAUACCCAAAUAGCCCAUUACAUCAAGGAGAAGAUAGGUGGAGAUUUCUCUCAAGAGAGAAGCAUCAAUCUGUUCCACUGUCUGAAUGAGCUGAAUGACUGUUCUCUACUGGAGGAGAUCCAACAGUUCCUGACAUCAGGAAGUAUCUCCACAGAAUCUCUCUCCUCUGCUCAGUGGUCAGCUCUGGUAUUCAUCUUACUGACCUCAGAGGAGGAGCUGGAUGUGUUUUACCUGAAGAAAUACUCGGCUUCUGAGGAGGGGCUUCUGGGGCUUCUGCCAGUGAUCAAAGCCUCCAAAACAUCUCUGCUGAAUGGCUGUAAGCUGUCAGAGAGAUGCUGUGAAGCUCUGGCCUCGGUUCUCAGCUCCAACUCCUCUAGUCUGAGAGAGCUGGACCUGCGUUCCAAUGAUCUGCAGGAUUCAGGAGUGAAGCUGCUCUCUGCUGGACUGGGGAGUCCACACUGUGCACUGGAAACUCUCUGGCUGAAUGGCUGUAAGCUGUCAGAGAGAUGCUGUGAAGCUCUGGCUUCAGUUCUCAGCUCCAGCUCCUCUAGUAUGAGAGAGCUGGACCUGAGUACCAAUGAUCUGAAGGAUUCAGGAUUGAAGCUGCUCUCUGCUGGACUGGGGAGUCCACACUGUUCACUGGAAACUCUCAGGCUGAAUGGCUGUAAGCUGUCAGAGAGAUGCUGUGAAGCUCUGGCCUCAGUUCUCAGCUCCAGCUCCUCUAGUCUGAGAGAGCUGGACCUGAGUACCAAUGAUCUGCAGGAUUCAGGAGUGAAGCUGCUCUCUGCUGGACUGGGGAGUGCAGACUGUACACUGGAAACUCUCAGGUUGUCUGGCUGCCUGGUCACACAGGAAGGCUAUGCUUCUCUGGCCUCAGCUCUGAGCUCCAACCCCUCCCAUCUGAGAGAGCUGGACCUGAGCUACAAUCAUCCAGGAGACUCAGGAGCUACGCUGCUCUCUGCUGGACUGGAGGAUCCACGCUGGAGACUGGACACUCUCAGUCUGGAGCACGGUGGAGUAUGGAGGCUGAAACCAGCUCUAAAGAAGUAUGCCUGUGAACUCACACUGGACCUAAACACAGCUCACAGAGAACUAGCUCUGUCUGAGGACAACAGAAGGGUGAUGCCGGUUGAAGAGAACCAGUCGUAUCCAGACCACCCAGAGAGAUUUGACUCCUGGAAACAGGUGUUGUGCAGAGAGGGUCUGACUGGCCGCUGUUACUGGGAGGUAGAGUGGGAAGGAGAGGUUUAUAUAGGAGUGGCAUACAGAGGAAUAGCAAGGAGAGGAGCGGGUAAUGACAGCGGGCUUGGAUGGAACAGCAAGACCUGGAGUCUUGUUUCUCGUGAUGGUGGUUACAGUGCCUUUCACAAAGGUAGUAGAACAACCGUACCUCUCCCCCCCCCUUGCUCUAACAGAGUAGGAGUGUAUCUGGACCGGCCUGCUGGCUCUCUGUCCUUCUACAGAGUGUCACUGGGUGUAGGAGGGUCCUCAGACACACUGACACACAUCCACACCUUCCAGUCCACCUUCACCCAGGAGGACCUCCACCCUGGGUUCAGUUUUCGUAACCUAGGGUCCUCAGUGUCUCUGUGUCCAUUGUAGUUAAACACACACACACGCACACACACGCACACAAACACAGAGCCUAUAAGGACUGGGGGGCCAUGGGAAGUUUUGUUGUUUUUUGUUUGUUUCUUUGGAUUUUUGGUUGUUGUUCAAAUAGUUUAAUAACAUAAUUUGGUGCUACGCCCCUGCACACACAGACCCAUACAAACACACACACAUUGUAGCAACCCGUUUCCGUAAGUGCCCCGCCUCUCCCCAAUCAGUGCACAGGUCCCUAUGCGUUAAGCCGUAAAAGACUCGUUUAUUAUCACAAACGAUGGGACGGGACCGGGAAAGAACAAACGUGAGCCACGGCGGAUUCUUCGGCUGUCUCCGCGAUCGUUUCGGUCGCCUCGGAGACAGGUGGGUCUGUUGGUCUCCGGGUCCCUCUAUAAGACGGGUUGCCACACACACAGACACACGCACACACACCGUUCAUGAAUCUAUAAACACAUCAACAAAAUUUAACACACAGACACACACACACACAUGCGCGCACACACACACACACACACACACACACACACACACACACACACACACACACACACACACACAUCCUUCAUGGAUCUAAACCCACAGCAGGUCUGUGUGCCGGUGGUAAGCAGCAGGUAACAUCAGUGUCUCUCCUGGUUCAUCUCUCAGCCCUCUCUGUGUUCAGCUGGGCUGCUGAGCGUCAGAUUAGAGGGGGCCGCUUGGGUCUGGGGGGUCCUCACAGUCCUGACGUUGUUGAGGACCAGCUGUUAGGGGGACGUUUGAAUACCUGUGGACCCAUGGACGUACCUGUAGUGCAUCGGGUUGUUGAACGGCAGCUGUUGGCGCUCUGAGGGGUCAACCCGUUCAGUGGAAAUACAACACUUUGGGAUUGAUUUAAGUAGUCCACUGAACUCCAAAUGCUGCAUUUUAUUGGGCUUCUGAAAGGUUCAGCAUAAACCAUGAAAGGACUUUUAACAUCUUCCAUUGGGUUAAGCAGGUUGUACAAAGAUUUCAUUUUUAAAUUUUGAUUGAUGGUACAUUAUUUUACUAAUAUUAAACAUAUUUUCAACUUUAUCAAAGGACUCCAAUAUCAAUUUUUAUUUUGCAAUGCUUGACAAGGAACCUGAUUUGAAACAGAUUUAACAACAUAAUCAUAAAUGCUGAUGAGAAAGGUGGGAAACGGUUAAGAUGUCCUUGUUCAUGUUGUGAAUGACUUUAAACUGAAGAUAGAUUAUUUGUUGUUAUUCUGUUGGGAACAAGUUAACAAGUUCAAUUAUUAAAGAUACCUGUUUAUGAUUUGUAAUUGUUCAUCAAGCAUAAUGUUAAUAAACAACUCAGUGGAUCAACUGAA